AUGGAGGUGCCACCGUCUGUGGAGAUCACCGACGGGCAGCGCCUUGAGACUGAGCAGCUGCAGGACGAGAGCAGUAUGGAUGGAGUACAGCAGACAGGGGAGCAGCAGAUUGGGGAGCAGCAGACAGGGGAGGAGCGGAUUGAGGAGCAGCAGAUGGUGGACCAGCAGCUAGGGGAGCAGCAGACAGGGGAGCCGCAGACAGGGGAGCAGGAGAUGUGGGGAAUUAGAGAUGGUGGUCGUGUGUUGGUUUCUGGGACGACCACUGCACCAGUGCGUCGCUCCACUCGCAUCACUCGUGGUGUCCCGCCUAAACUCUCUCGUUAUCGCUACGCUCUCUAA